CCUUCAGACCGCUGUUACAUUGUCGACACCAAGCAAGAGAAGGAAAGGUCGGUUACAUUGUAGGCUACGCUAGAAAGAACAUUUUAAUUAUAAAAUAAAUGAUCAAACUAAGAUGAUUGACAGGUUUUUGUAGCCAAGUAGGCUACAAUAUAAAUCGAGAUGGAUCUAGGUUUUUAAAAUAUGAAAUUACGGCUACUACUGGCUUUAUUCGUGUAUGAUUGAUAUUAAGGACAAUUUUAAUUAAAAAGAACUGUAGGGAAACAAAUGGAACACAUCUGACGCACUUACUUGACUUUUAAUGGAUCAUAAUACCGAAUCAUGCGUUGCCUAUAAAUGUUCCUGAAAACACAUGUAAAUAAGCUUUUGUAAAGACCAUUAUAUUUUGUUCCCACCAAAGCGAAAGGAUCCGGACCUCGUGGAAUGGUUUACCCAAAACCAGACGGUCAAAGUGACCUCAGAGCAGUGAAGGAUAAGAUAAAAAAGCAACUGAAAAUACCUGGCUUUAAGCGAUGCCCAAAGACUCCAAAACCUAGCACCAGUAAUGCAGUGGAGAACCCUCCUCCAAAGGAGGUAGUUCUAAGCUUCAUGGAUCACCUGAGUCAGAAAGCCUUGGCAGAGGCCUCCAAGCAUCUGAUCUCUCUGGAGGAGCAGCUCUUCACUCAGAAAAGUGCACAGACUGAGGGGGGGAGUCCGACCAGGAGUGGGGAAGAGGAGGACAAGCUGCAUGCAGACUAUCAAACUCUACUGGUCCAGUUAUGGAUGGCUGUUCAUGACAGCUUCAGUCCCGCGCCUUCAAGAGAACACCUGGAGGUUCUGCGUGGUGCUGUGAUCGCCGUAAUGCAACAGGAAGAGCAAGACCGCCAAUGGGAGGACCGCCCGGAUGGUCUCAGUCCUCCUGAAUGGCGUCCUCUUAGGUGCCGAAGCACCCACAACUCAUUGCUUCAAACGAUGGUGGAGUCACGGUUGAGGAAUGCAACCGUGCAACAAGAUAUUGAAGGUGCAGACAACCUGUCAACAGAUAUGAAGCGGGAGGUGUGUAAGGUGGGGAAAUGCUUGAAGAAAGACCUUCUUGUGGUCGUCAGAGACGUGAAAGACUGCUACCCACAGGAUUUGGAUAUUUGUAAUCUGUACGCACGCAUGUAUCACCGAACCUUCUCCACACAACUAACAGAGCUAGCCCGUUCUGGACUUGAUGUGGAUGACUGUACCUAUCUUCUGUUCUGGAUCAAUGAUUACUAUCCAAACACCAUCUUGCAAGAUAAAGAACUUAAAAUGAACAUCAACAGUGAGUCCAUGGGAAGCCUUGUGCCUGAAGAAGACCAGGCAGUAUUACAGGAACAGUAUCUAGCACACAAAGAGGAUAAAGUAAUAACUUGGUUUAAUGAAGCUCUAAAGAACGAAGUGAAGGAUUGGCAGAAGGGAAAGAUGCCUGAGAUCAUAGAUGGAUACUGUUUCUGCCCCCUUGCCAUAGACAUCAUACAGGUUAGCAACUGUGCUGUGAAAGAAUGCAAGUCUAUUCUGGGCAACAAGAGCAAAGGCCAGAGAAUCCUGUCCAAGCUGGAAAGCUUCUUAAUAAGCUAUAAACACUCUCUGGAUGAGUUUAUGAAAGGAAGACGAGACAACACACAGGCCAUCUUGAAAGCUAACCUGGUUAGCAUCAAGCAAAUCAGGGACUUCAUAAUAGGAGAAGACGACUCAAUGUCAGAGGAGAUAAAAGCAAAAUGUUUGCUUACUUUAAUGUCCAUGAAAGAUUGUGGCAAUGGAUACUUCAUUGGUCCCAUGCAAGAAGAGCUAAAGGUGCAGUAUAAAAGGUUGUGGACUCAUGACUGGCUUACAGGAAGUCAAAAUGUACUGGAAAACAUUCUAGAGGCUCUGUACAAGAACUUGGAAAACUUCACAGAUCUGAAACCUGUCUGUAGAGAGGAACUCCUGGGUAGGCUCCACACAGACGUGAUGGUGGAGUAUGUGAAGAGGAUGAUGAAGAGGAAGAUAAAGUUGAGAAACAGUGAACAGCAGGAGAAUGCAGCCAGGUUACUAAGUGAAGACAACAGAAAACUCAAUAGUUUCUUCAUUGAAGAAUGGGGUUCUAAAGAGAGCUGGCUGAGUGAGAUCCUUCCUAAACUGGCAGAGGUCCUGAGACUACAAGACCCAGGGAGCAUCCAGCUGGAGAUUGUCACACUGGCUGUAGACCACCCUGACCUCAGAACCAGUCAUGUAUCCGCCCUGCUCUCCCUCAAAACCAACUUGUCGGCAGCUGAUACUCGCACCAUCAAAGAAAGCCUGGAGGAGAACCGCCUCUCGCUCACCACAGCCAAUGACAUGCCUCAGUUCUUCUCUAAGGUUCCAGUGAAAUGGAUAAUCAAGAUCAUGUGAGAACCCUCAAUGGAAACCAGAUGUCAUUUAAGCUCUAGUCCUAGAUUCUGAAUGACAUCAGUGUAUUAAACAGGAGAACCAAGUUAGAGAAUCCAUAUUUUAGCCAGCUCAAGAGCUACGGUCGUGAAGAUGGGGCCUUUACUAAACUGCCUUCCGAAUAUACUGAAAUGACUUCCGGAUAUAGUGAAAAUGUUCUUGCACACUUACACUUCCUACUCAUCCUCAUAAAACUUUUGAGUGUUUCAUAUAUGAGCGUGUGAAUGUCUUUUACAUUUACAUUUAUGCAUUUAGCAUACGCUUUUAUCCAAAUCGACUUCCAAGAGAGAGCUUUACAAAAGAGCAUAGGUCACUGAUCAUAACAACGAGAUAGCCCCAAACAUUGCGAGCAGCCAAAACAUGAAGCAUACUUUUCACAUAUGUGGAUGUGAAUUUUCAGUAGUUUGAAUGCGGGCGGGAACUUUUAACAUUUGAAUAAUGAAUGCGUUUCUUAUGUGUCGAUGCGAGCAUUUCACAUAUGGGGAUGUGAGCUUUCAGUAGUAUGAAUGCGUGUGAACGUUUCACAUGUGAAUGUGAAUGCGUUUCAUAUGUGCGGAGUCAGGUGGCUGAGCGGUGAGGGAGUCGGGCUAGUAAUCUGAAGGUUGCCAGUUCGAUUCCCAGCCGUGCCGAAUGACGUUGUGUCCUUGGGCAAGGCACUUCACCCUACUUGCUUCGGGGAGAAUGUCCCUGUACUUACUGCAAGUCGCUCUGGAUAAGAGCGUCUGCUAAAUGACUAAAUGUAAUGUAAAUGUAAAUAUGUGCUUGUGUAAGGUCAGUCUGAAUUCUUUCCUAAACGGCCCCUCAUAUCCAGCCCCUUCCCUAACAUUGACUGUUGGGUAAA